GAAAUGGAUGCCUGCCUGUGCUCAAGAAAGUUACUAAUUACUAGAUAAGAGAUGUACAUGAAAGAAAGUCCACCUUUAUCCAGUCAGGAUAUGUGGAAUAUAAAGGCACUGCUUAUGGAAACUUUAGGCAGAACCAAUAAGACUCUAAUCUUCAAGAUCACUCUGCUUGGAUUCAGGAACCUCCAUCCACCACAGAUCCUGCUUCUGUCCAUGGCAUUUUCCAUGAUCUACGUUGUGACAGUGGUUGGGAAUAUCCUCAUUGUAAUAAAAAUUGUGGCAGAGCCACAACUCCACACCCCCAUGUAUUUCUUCUUGGCUAACCUGUCCUGCUUAGAGACAUGCUAUACAACAAACAUCAUCCCUGCUAUGAUCUCAGGCUUUUUGAUGGAAGGGAAACACUUUUCCAUCAAUGGAUGCUUACUCCAGGCUUAUUUUUUUGGGGUCUCUUGGAGCUACAGAGUGUUUCCUUUUAGGAGAAAUGGCUUAUGAUAGAUACUUAGCAAUAUGCUACCCACUUCACUAGACCAUCCUCAUGAACCACUCGGUGUGUAUCCAGCUUGCCAUUGGUACAUGGCUUGGCACUUUUAUAAGCAUUGGUGUGGUUUUAUACCUAGUCUCCAAGGUACCUUUCUGUGGUUCCCAAGUAGUGGAUCAUUUUUUCUGUGACUCAACACUGCUGUUGAAACUGGCCUGCACUGAUACUGAGUGGAUUGGCAAGGUCUUAUUCUUCAUAGCCCUCAUUGUUACUCUCAUACCAUUUCUGUUAACAGCAGCAUCUUAUAUAUCCAUCCUAACUACAGUCCUCAGGAUCCCCUCCAGCAGUGGGAGGCAAAAGACC